GAUAGGUAGUUGGAGGUGUCCGCUAUACCAGGAGGCGUGCAAGAAAUCAAGAAAAUGAGAGUCAUGCAGUUGAAUCUCAACCACUGCGAAGCAGCGCAAGAGCUGCUCAGGCAAACGGUGUACGAGGAGAAGGUUAACAUAGCAAUAAUCAGCGAGCAGUAUAAAAAUAUAGACAGUGGAGCAUGGAUAUCGGACCUCACAGGCAAAGCUGCAAUAUGGACAUGCGGAGGAAAAGCUUUCCAAGAAAAGCCGCUGCUUGGUAAAAGCUACUACACACGAGCGAAGGUAGACGGUUUUAACUUUUAUAGCUGCUACAUACCACCAAGUAUAGCAGGGGACUUCAAUGCAUGGGCAGUGGAAUGGGGUAGCGUCCACACAAACAGGCGGGGAGAUGCACUACUAAAGGCGUUUUCGGUACUUGAUGCGGUGCUUCUGAAUUCGGGGAACAAAAAUACCUUUGAGAAGAAUGGUCGAGGCUCGGUGAUUGACUUUACUUUCGCUAGUAGUUCCUUGGUGCGCUCAACGAGCUGGAAGGUGUCGGACCUCUAUACGAGCAGUGACCAUCUGGCAAUCAUGAUGGAGCUAGGGAAUUGUGCACAGAGCCGACAAAGGGCGAUCUCCAGGAAGGUGCAAACGAGGGGCUGGAAGGUAGAGACUCUGGAUGAAGAGCUCUUCAGACUCGUGCUGGAUGAGGAAAUGGCCACUGAGGAUAACACUGAGCUCCAGGCUGAAACACUGGUGAGGCACAUCAGUAAAGCCUGCGACGGUGCUAUGUGCAGGUGA